AUGCGUUUUGGGUUCUCUUCUCUUGCCGCCAUUCUCUUUCUGAAGGUUGAUCAUGCCUCUGCAUUCUCUCCCCUUUCACGUGGGGCUGGCUUGACCGUCUCGACGACAUCCAGCCACCAUCAUGAUCAGACUCGAGUGUCAACCGUCCCUUUUGUAAAGAGCCUCACUCGCUCCUCUAAGGGUCCACUGUUCAUGGGUGGAAUGGAAGACUUUUUGACUGGCCGUGAUGACAAGGCGAGAAAGGCGGAAAAUGACGAGUACAUUGCAGAGCUUCAGAAACGGGUGGAUAAAAUCAACAAUCUCGAACCAGAAAUCGAGGACUUGGAGGAUGACGAAUUGGUGGCCAAGACUGCUGAAUUUCGAGAAAGGUUGAAGAAAGGCGAGGAUAUUAAUGGACCUUUGUUGGAAGAGGCAUACGCAGUUGUGCGAGAAGCAGCAUGGCGAGUGUUGGAACUGCGUCACUAUGAUGUACAAAUUAUGGGUGGAUUGGCACUGCAUGAUGGAAGGUUGGCAGAAAUGGCAACAGGAGAGGGGAAAACACUUGUGGCAACGCUACCUUGUUAUGUCAAUACAUUGGCCGGAAAGACAUCUUUUGUGAUCACUGUCAAUGAUUAUUUGGCCCGUCGUGACAUGGAAAAGAUGGGACAGGUUCAUCGUUUCCUGGGGCUGACUGUGGGUUUGAUUCAGAGUGGAAUGACAGAAGAGCAACGCCGAAAGGCCUAUGCCUGUGACAUUGUUUACGUGACAAACUCGGAACUAGGCUUUGACUUUUUGAGAGAUCACCUCGCACUGACACCGGAACAAACAGUUUUGCCCAAUGGUGGAGGAGAGUUUGAUGGAUUUUGCUUGGUCGACGAAGCUGAUUCAGUGCUGAUUGAUGAAGCCAGAACUCCACUGAUUAUCAGUAAGCAAGUACCAGCUCCUGCAAACAAAUACCAGACGGCAAACACCCUUGCUGGUGCUCUCAAACCAGAUGUUCACUACACGGUAGACUUGAAGAACAAGAACUGUGUUCUCAACGAAGUUGGAUACCGGGACUGUGAACGGGCCCUUGGGAUUGAUAGUCUCUUCGAGAUACAAGCUGAUGGAGAAGCUUGGGCUCCAUACGUUACCAAUGCUGUAAAGGCAAAGGAGCUCUUCAAGAGGGAUGUCGAAUACACCGUGCUAGAAGAUGAUGCCGGUGAGAAAUGUGGUGUAGGUAUCGUUGAUGCCUUCACUGGACGUGUGCUUGAUGGUCGUAGAUGGUCGGACGGUCUUCAUCAGAGCAUUGAAGCCAUGGAGGGUAUUGAUGUCAGCGAACAAAGCAAAGUCAUUGCCAAGGUGACUUAUCAGUCCUUGUUUCGUCAAUUCACUCGUCUGGCUGGUAUGACUGGAACCGCCAUGGCGGACGCUACCGAAUUGGAACUGACCUACGGGUUGAGGGUCACACCCAUCCCAACAGCAUUGCCAAUUGCUCGACGCGACUACCCCGACGUUGCGUUCAAAACACGCAAAGCUGCUGACGAUUCCCUGGUGAAGGAAAUUGAGGCUGUUGGUGGGGGGCAGCCUGACGGUCGACCAUGUCUAGUUGGUACAACCUCGGUUGCACAAAGUGAGCUGUUGGUCAAAAAGCUGGCUGAAAAGGGCAUCAAAGCGGAACUACUUAACGCAUCUCCAAAGAAUGCCCCCAGAGAAUCCGAGAUUGUCGCUCAGGCUGGUCGUGCCGGAGUUGUGACGGUGGCUACCAACAUGGCUGGGCGUGGUACGGAUAUUUUGCUGGGCGGUUGUCCAAACACCAUGUCACGAAUCAAGACGAGGUCGGUCUUGUUGAAAGAUGGCAUUUUGUCUUCUGAGGAAGCAUCAAAGUUGCCUCCAUCACCAGAAGAGGACUACUUCCCAACAGAGGCAACAGAAGACAGUAUUUUCAUGUUGAAAGAAGCGGCAGCAGCCAUUCGGAAGGAGUUCGGGAGUGACUUGACAAGCCUGGUCUUGGAAGAGAUCCUCACUGUGGCCUUUGAUACAACUGAGGCCGAGGACGACGCUGAUUACAUUGUGAAGCUUCGAAAUGGAGCCGAAAGCAUCAAAGAGACAUACAGCGAGGCGCUGGAGGAAGAAAAAGAAGCAGUGGAAAAAGCAGGUGGCCUCUACGUAAUGGGUACAAACCGUCACGAGAGUUCUCGCAUUGACAACCAAUUGCGUGGACGUUCGGGUCGUCAGGGAAACCCCGGGACAUCCAGAUUCUUCCUUUCAUUUGAAGAUGACAUGUUUGUGAUCUUUGGAGGUGAGAAACUUGAGAAAAUGCUGACUAUGUUCCGUGUUAGCGAGGACAUGCCUGUGGAAGCGCCACAAAUUAGUGAGUCAUUGGACAAGGUCCAGAAGGCAGUGGAACAGAAGUACCGAGAUAUUCGAGGGGAGAUCUUCAAGUUUGAUGAUGUCUUGAACGGCCAGAGGACUGUCAUCUACUCCCGCCGAAGAAAUAUCCUCUCGAAGUCCGCAGCUGAAUCACUUGAGAUUAUGAAGGAAUACAACAAGCAGACUGUCCAGGACAUCGUCAAUGCGCAGACCGAAGACGGUGUCGUCAAUGUCGAGAAGGUGCUGGAAAAGAUUGGACAGUUUUUCCCCUCGGUGGCCCCGCUUUUGCAGCAAGAUGACCUUGAUGGUCGCUCACCCGAAGAGGUUUCGACUUUUGUCGGUGUUGCGGUCGAAGAGGUGUUCGCUGCAAAGUGCGACGAGGUGGAUAAGAAAGCUGUGGCCGCUGGCAAGGCACCUGGAUCUCUGGGCCGUUCGGCUAACUACAUUACACUCGUGUCAAUGGACAAUGCAUGGUCUGAUCAUCUUCAAUCCAUGGAAAACUUGAAGGAAAGCGUCAUUCUGAGAAAGUACCAGGGACGUGAUCCUGUGGUGGAAUACCAAAACGAAGCCUUCACGUUGUUCAAAGGACUCGAGGACACAAUGAGAUUCAACACUGUCUUCUCUUUGUGGCAGAGUCUGGCUGCAGCUGGCCAACCAGCCGCUCAGGUAGCAUAA